AGCAGACGCUAAAGCCACAAUUUAGUGGUGUGUCAAUCGUCCCAGAGCCCCCCCGAGAGCCCCCCAGUUUAAGUUUACAGUCAGUGCAGCGAAUCUCCAUAUCCGUCGCGGUGGUCCGGUCUUGAUCGCAUAUAAUACUGUUGACCUUAGUUUAAUAACCUAGUGAAAGAAAGCAGGUUAGUGCAGUGUUCAUAUAUCUAAUUCGCACUUUACUUUACCCUAGCUGUCUCGCCUUGUUCUGUCGAGGUUGGGUGUUCGUUCACCAUGUCCUGCAGCCUCAAUGGCCAAGGUAUGCGCGGUUCCAGGCUGUCGCAUACGUACUCGCCGCGUGCAGCAGAACAUGACUCGGCAUAUCGAGGCGAGGGUUUCUUGCCUGACACUUUCCCCCUGCUCCCAGUACGCCAAAAUGCAUUUCCGUGUUUUACAUAGAUAUAUAGACAACAUUUGACAUCAUGGCGGAUGGAACCGACGUUAGACGACACCAGGCCAGACCCAGCCUCAGUGAAACAAUAUCAACCACUCUGUCUACUCCAUCUCUCCUCAUCGACCAUGGCAGCGGUGCCACAGAUGGUGACGAUGGGGACGAUACCGACUUGAGCUCCGUCGAUGACACGAGCUUCGUGUCGUCCACGAGAUCACUCAACUCCAGUGAAUACCAGACCAUCGAGGAGCACGGGAGGACAUACCACCGCUUCCAUGCCAGCAAGAUGUACGACUUCCCCAACGACGCAGAGGAGCAGGAGCGCAUGGACCUGCAGCACGAGCUAUACCUGCACUCGGCCCACCAGAGACUCUACCUGGCGCCCAUCCCGGAGGACCCGCCCCGCGUCCUGGACGUGUGCACGGGGACGGGCAUCUGGGCGGUGCAGUUCGCGCAGCAGAACCCGCACUCGCACGUGAUCGGCACCGACCUCAGCCCCAUCCAGCCGCGCUGGGUGCCGCCCAACUGCUCCUUCGAGAUCGACGACGCCGAGGACGAGUGGACCUUUGACCGGCCCUUUGACUUCGUCCACGCCCGCGGCAUCUGGCCCGUCUUCGCCGACCCCACCGCCUUCAUCCGCCAGGCCUACGCGAACCUGAAGCCGGGCGGCUGGCUCGAGAUCCAGGAUUUUGUGUUUCCUAUUCGCUUCUUCGACGAAGACGCCCUCUCAGGCAGUGCCCUGCAGCGCUGGGGCCGCCUGAUGCUGGAGGCGUCGCGGGCUGCGGGGCGUCCUUAUACGAACAGCCAGCACCACAAGCAGUGGCUUGAGGACGCCGGCUUUGAGGAUGUUCAGGUCUUCACUUCGUACUGGCUGAGUAGUCCGUGGGCCAAGGGCGCGCACUACAAGCUUACUGCCGAGUUCAUGAAGGAGAACGCGAAGCGGGGCUUGGUCGGCAUGAGUCUACGGCCUCUGGGCUCUCUCGGCUUGGCCGUCGACGAGAUCCAGGAUCUUGCCAUGGCCGCGAUCGCCGAGUUUGGAGACGUGAGGAUUAAGGGGUACGCCCCUGUCACUUUCACAUUUGGGAGGAGGCCGGACAACUAGCAAACAUAAAAGGACUGCGAAACUCAUAGUUAAUUAUUAAUAGACUGCCCCGCAAAUGGAAAGUCAGAUAACCUCGAAAGCUGGCUUGCUUGUCACGCGC